AUGAGUGACAGCCAAGUUUGCCAUGUACAUUGGCGUGACAAGGAUCUCAUUAAUAAUGAGACCGAAUGGGAAAUGGAAGAUUUGCCCGAUGACGAUAUCAUGGUCCCCUUAAAUGAGCAACCAGCAUCCGCAGAAGAAAGCGAACAAGUCUAUGAUCAAGAAAUGCAACAGAUGGAACAGAAAUGGACUGAUCAGGACCUACCAACAAUAUCUGACACCGAAAAUUCACAUAAUUAA